AUGGCGGAGGGAGUCUCAUCUUCGGCACCACUGUUCCGCGUGAGAAAUCGAAGGGGACAACAAGGUGCUAUUCGGCAAAAAAAUAAAAGUGAAUCGAGUGAAGAGGAAAGUGGUCCAUUGGUAAAAACUGGUGUAAAAAGAAGGAUUCGAAAUAAUCCGAUGGUUCAAUCUACUAAUAAGAAGAAAUUAUUGACGAAACGCAGAAGUUCUUCCUCAUCUUCGGUAGAGGAGGAGGAUGAGGUGUCUCAAAAAGAUAUUGUUGGAGAGUUUAAAUCUAGUGGAACCGCAGAUCGCGCUGGACCAUCUGACAUGGGCGCAACCGCUACUAGCGAAAUCGAUACGGAGGCAGAUCGUGAUGCUCAAGCACAAUUUGAAAGAGUGCAAGCCGCGUUGAAAGAUGGAACUGAUGACAAAGUCUAUCGCGGAGCAGCCAUGUAUGGUGCGAAGGAGAAAAAAGACACUGCCAGAGGGAAGGCUUCAUCUGGUCUUAACCGUAUAGGACCGAUAAGAGCACCGAAUUUUUUGAGGCAAUCGGUUCGUUGGGAUUUUGCCCCAGAUAUCUGUAAAGACUACAAAGAAACUGGUUUUUGUACUUUUGGAGAUUCUUGUAAAUUUAUGCAUGACAGGACAGAUUAUAAGCAUGGAUGGGAAAUUGAGCGCGAUUAUGAAGCAGGGCGAAUGAAGGAAGAUGACGAUGACAAAUACGUAAUACAUAGUAGUGAUGAAGAGGAAGAUAGUGCAGAGCUUCCUUUCAAAUGUUUUAUUUGUCGUGAUUCGUUCAAAAACCCCGUAGUAACAAAGUGUAAACACUAUUUUUGUGAGAGAUGUGCUCUGGAACAUUUCCAGCGGACACAGAAGUGUUUUGUUUGCGACCAAAACACUAUGGGUGUCUUCAACGUUGCUAAAGGUGGGUCGAAUUUUGAAGGAGGUAAUGAAGCAAGUGUUGGAGAUUCUGUGGUAGUAAAAACUGAAAUGGAUAAUGAAACUUUCAUUACGGCAAAAAAUGAAGCUGAAGAAUUUACGACCAUAAAAGGCGAACUAGAAAUAAAAAAGGAAAACCUUUUACCUGAUGAUUCUGAUGAUGUCUAA